AUGCGAUCGUCGCAUGUACUCCAUGUAGCGGUCCUUCCCGGCAUCAGUGCUCAAGUCCACUGCUGGGUCUUUCCUGCACAGAUCUGCCGAGCCGAUCCGGACUGGCUGCCGGACAGACCGCAGGUGGUCGAUGCCGCCGAACUCCAGAGGAAGGAAAGCGCCAAGGAGGCCUGCGCGCAUGUGGCUCGUGAGCGCUGGAUUGGAUGCCAGAAUGCGCCGGAAGAGUCUGUGGACUUUGCAUUGGCUCCGGCAAUGCAGCAGCUUCCCGACCCGGUCGGGGCACUUCCCGAUUUCCGGGCCCUGGUUGACACAGGAAGCUAUCCGGAUUUCGGGAUCCAGGGACUGCUUCAGCAGAUGGAUGCCAACCCACACCUCGCAAGGUUCUUCAACUACCAGGUUUCCUUCUUUUGGGCAGACAAGGAGUUGACGCAGUUCUCCGACAUCGACCUAUCGAGGCCUGCAUGCAACGGCCUGUGGGCUAGUGUCAAGCAACGAGCCCGGGCCAUCGCGGAACGGAGCGAGGACACCUUUUGCGAUGGCUGUAAGGAAGACUUGCCGGCGAUGUGGCGCCAUGCGAACGGAGACGUUGAUGUGGCGGACUUCCCCUUCAGCGCUGCGAAGGCCGACUGCUACCUGGGCACAAUGGUGCUAUCAGUCACUGAGCUCCUCUGCGUCCACCGCUGCACCGCGGUUGACAUCAGCGGGGUAGCUCACAAUGCGGAUGCUCAGGUGCACGAGAUGCUGUGGAGGAAGGUGCAGCUGGAACUCGAAGGUCUUCUUUUCUUCUUCGACUUCCCUUUGUCGCACUUGGAAGCCUCAGGAUGGCCUUUGUUGCCUUUGCUGCGAAAGCUGGGAGCAGCGUUCCGCUACACCUUCGGCAGCGUGGUGCCCAAUGAGUGCGACUUGCUGGACGGUGCGAGGGCUGACGAGCUGCACGCGCACGUGAUGGCAAUGUUGGAGGAUCGCGCCUUUGAUCCGGAGGAGCUGCGGGAUGCUGCAGAAGCCGCAACCCGCUUCCUCGACCAACGGGAUGCCUGUCCCUUCGCAUCGGGGGCGGCGAUGUUGGCGCUCCUGCGGGCGGUGCAGCUCUCGAGCAAGUUGGCCGUGCAGGAGAGCGACUUCUCCUGGAUGCUCCUGGAUGCAGUGAAGGUGUGGGAUGUGGUGAGUGGGUCCCGAGUCGGGGCGAAGCGACGCUACUUCUACGAUGCGCUGACAACUCGCUGGCCGUGGCUUGAGCUCAUAGAACGUGUCCAUGCUGGCCGAGGCGAGCGCGAUGUCACAUUAUGGCCUGUGGAUGCGAACGCGUUUCAGGAAGACGAGGUAAUCGGAAGUUGUGAGGAGCGAGUAGCCGCGUCCAUGGAAUCCUGGAGCUGGCACUGGACCGCAUCACCGUUUCAGGCGCAUGGCAAGGCACUCGUGGAGCCCGCUUCUGAGAAGGGCCUCGCACGGGCUUUGUGCCGUCUCUCCGAUGCAGAAGUGCUGUUCAUCAGUGGCACUUCGUCUGGCUACAAGUGGGGUUCCUUCACCGUUCGAGGGCGUCAGGCGGCGCGCGGUCUGCGCCAACUGCUCUCGGAUGGUCCGGUGAUUCGCGCUCGGGCAUGGAAUCAGAACUGCAAGACGUGGUGUGAUGACCGGAGGGCUUACGGCGCGAACUGGUCGGACCCUGUGGCCAUCGUCCAUGUGAAGUAUCCUUGCGAGUGUGCGAUGGAGCUGCUGAGCUACCGGACAGGAGGCGCUCGCGUGCUGCACGUCUACGACCCCGUGGACCAGUUCGCCUACAUACCCGAAGGGAUGCAUGUGAUCCUGGGGCAGACAUCACUGGCCGCGCAAGACUACGGGAAUCAUCCUUACGUCGUGGCUAACGGCAUUCAGGUUUACUGGCAUCCACUCCACCACUCGAACACCGACGGUUACGAGAUACCCUGGCGGGAGCAAGCUUCUGCACAAUCGCUUUCACUCCAUUUUCUUCACAUCGAUCCGGCCGCUCGCUUCGCGAACACUGCGGGACUCGUCGUGAGUCCCCAGCAUACGCAGGAGGUGUACAAGCAGUUUGGUGAGAUGGACAUCACCGUCAUGCGCCACAGCGGGUGCAUGAUGCAUUUGAAUUGCACCGUCACCCGCAAGUGGUUUUGCGAUCGCUACAAGACCGGCCAACGCCUCGUCAAUGCGUUCGCUGCCGGGCUCCCAACCGUGCUGUGGAACGAGCAAGGCUUCCUAGACGUCAUUGCUGGGAGCGACUAUCCUGCCGUCGCCCGCAGCAUUGACGAAGCCGUGCACCUGACGAAAGCCAUUGCUUUGGACAACAAACUUCGAUGGCAACUACGCUUACAAGCAAGGGAGCUUGCCCGGCCCUACACGCUGCCACGCCUCAGCCAGCGCUUAGCGCUGAUCCUCGCAACCGGACUGCCAGCGGAGCAGAAAAGGUCGUCUUUCCUCUCCGCCCGGUCCUCUCUGGCCUCGCAACCGGAUGUGGAGGACCUUGUGGCCAUGCAGCGCAGCAUGCGCCGCGGUAUCCGCCGGGAAUACUGCCUGGGAGGGCUCUGCCUUGUCGGGCCCCUCGUCGCCUUCGGGAUCCUCUUGAUCCUUUGUGUCUACUUCGCGCGAAAGAAUUGCGACGAGAACUUGGCAACGACCUUGAGCAUGCUGGGUGCAUUGCAUCUUGCCAUGGCAGCACUCUCCAGCAUCGGCCUACUAUGGCUUUCUUGCCAGGUGGGGAGGCUUGUGGCCUUCCGCUAUGCCGCCUUCAAGCUAAAGGAGCGCGGGGACGGCGACGGGCAGAUGAUUGCCGAGGCGGCCGCAGAGCUGGAGCUACGCAGGCUCACUCUCGCCAAGCCCUGUGCCGCCUUUUGGGCCAUGCUGUUUUUUCUGGCUGACAUCUUGUUGUGGAUCUACGGCAGCAGAGCUGAACUGCUUUGA